UCAAAAUGGCGUCCAAAGGAGUAUUCGUGGAGUUUAGAAAUAAUUUUGCAAUAUUAUGGAUUGGAAAUGGAGAAAAUCGCUUUAAUAGUCAAUAUGUUAAGGAUCUGCAAUCUUCACUUGAUCAAGUUGAGAAAAAUGAGGAUGUUCUAUUUUUGAUAAYCAUUGGCCAAGGAAAAUUUUACUCAAAUGGUCUAGACCUGGACAGUUUGGUUGAAAUGAAUGAGAGAGAUCUUCACAGUUUUUCUUCUGCAUUGCAUGCUCUAUUCUUAAGGACCCUAACAUUUCCAGUGCCAACUAUAGCUGCUUUGAAUGGUCAUAGUUUUGCAGGUGGUGCAGUCUUUGCUACAACCCAUGAUUACCGUGUGAUGAGAACUAAACAAGGAUGGUAUUGUUUACCUGAAAUCCAUUUAAAAUUAAAGUUUUCCAUUGGAAUGAUGUCUAUAUUAAGAGCCAAAAUAACAGAUCCAAGAGUACAAACAGAUUCUAUCAUAAUGGGUAAGAGAUACACUGCUGAAGAAGCACUUUCAUCAAAAAUAGUUGACCAAAUCUGUGAUAACAAUGAGUUACUGGAAAAAGCAAUCGAAUUUGGAUGGAAAAUUGUAGGAAAUGAGAAAUUCAACAGAAAACAAAUGGCAGAUCUGAAGUCAGAUCUUUAUCAAAAUGUCGUUGAGGACUUGAAGUUAUCCAUGAAAAUACAAACAGAAAAUACAGACACUCUAUCCAAACUUUAAUGCUAGAAACAUAUUAAUAACAAUUGUAAAUAGACUAGUAAACUUCAAUUAUGAAAUUUAUGCUCAUAAAAUUCAUGCAGACAAGUUUACUUUAUCUUAAUCAAAACGUCAUUCCAGUCAAAAAAAAGAAGAAAAAAAAUCAGCAAUUUUCUAUUAUGAUUUUUAUUCCUUAUCAAACCUAUAGUUUUA